GGCUGCUGCGCUUUCUCUUUAGAACCGACAAGACAAGAGAAGAAGCUGGCCUUGUUUCAAACCUUCUACAUAUCCAAGAAGAAGUGAAGUUAACAUGAAGCUGCUGUUGUGUCUCGCAGCUCUGGCUGCUGUUUGUUUCUCGGUGCACUCCAAAAAAACUUCACCCAAAGUCCAGGUCUACAGCCGUGACCCUGGAGAGUUUGGAAAGGAGAACACUCUGAUCUGCCAUGUGAGCAACUUUCACCCCCCUGACAUCACCAUCGAUCUCCUUUGUGAUGAUGUGGCGCUUCCCAAAGCCAAGCAGACUGACCUGGCCUUUAAACAGGACUGGCACUUCCAUCUGACCAAGAGCGCCAGCUUCACUCCAGCGUCUGGGGAAAAGUGCGUCUGCAGAGUCAAUCAUGGAGGAUCAAGCAGAGACUACGCUUGGGAGUCAAACAUGUAACUCCAGAAACCAUGUAGAAGCCCACUAGAUGUUUUGUCCUCUGCUGCAGCGUCAUUUAUUCAUCGUUUCAUCAACAAACACCAGUUUUCUUCAGUUUUGCCUCUUUUCAAUUUAAGAAAAAUGAUGAGUUGGUAGGUGAUGGGAAAUCUUCUGUCUUGUUUAUCAGUUAAUACACACAUGGCUUCUGCUUAUACAGCAUUUUGUAAUUUAAGUGUGUUGUUUUUAAUUUCUUUCUUUUCGUAGUGUAAAUGAUUUUAUUCAUGUUGAUAUGUGAACCUUGUAAGUUAAACUCUGUGAUAAUUGGCCAGAUUGAAUUGGGUGUCUACGAGGUUUUCUAUUUUUUGAUUUAUGGUUUAAGAUGAUUGUCAACAACCUCUACUAAAUAAAGGCCUCUUGGUAA